AACUAUUGAUCUAUUCUCAUUCCAAGUGCGUCGUAGCUGGAACAAACACGCAGUGAUUACUGUUGUCUCGACAUGCAGUUCUUGGUUUGCUAAAAAAAAAACAAACGUUUGGAAUUUGUGUAUGCAGGACUGCGGUUGCAUUUCAUUCCAAAAAGUAACAGAUUAUACUGUAAUUAGUGAAUGUUCACAAAUUCCACAAAUAUUUACACAUGGUCAACCUGUACUGUACCAUCGCAUUAUUGUAAAUCGAUUUAUUGAUUGGUGAAUCAAAGGCUGUUUGUGGAACUUUUGGGUUUGGUGGAUAGGAUAGCAGCAAUCCCGUGUCAUUGGUUUGUUGGUGGAAAAUUCGUGGUCCUUUUUUCUUUCGCGGGUGAGAAGUACGUGGUGGCGAUUAGUAUCGAUGCCUUGGGUUGAUUGCAAGCAAAUGAGAACAGGUAGAAUUUGAAUAUCAAUUAGAUCGGAUUAUCACCGUCAAACAUGGAUCUCUGCAAGCGGCGUAUAACUUCCAAUCGCGAUGGCAAACUCCUCCGAAUAUCAUUGCAUUGUCUGCACAUUGACGAAAAUUCCGUUCGCGUCGCUCAGUAAAGAUAGUCAGCAAAAGAUAGUUAGAGCUGGUCGUCCGCUGAGUCAGAUGCCGAUUCUGCACGCGAAAUGCCAAAAUAUAAUGAAUUUGGAUACCUAUAACUGGUUGACGGGAUGUGAUGCAAACCAGAAGCUAUACUGUUGGCCAUGUUUACUGUUCAGCACGAGCGAAUACGAUACGUGGGGCAAGCGAGGAUUCACAGAUUUUCAUCGGUUAUCGCAAACGACACUUGAUCACACGAAAGACGUAUCACAUCAAGCCAAGAGUACAACUUUGAAAUUAUGGAUGGAGACAUCUUCGGAUGCGAGUGAUGAAAGUAGUGAUGAGGAGAAUGAAUGUAGCAUACCUGAGCUAGAUUUUCUUAAUUCCAAUGUUUCCGAGGAAGAGGAGGAACUAGACAUCAAACCCAACGUGGAAGCGCUCAAUGCUUCGUCCUCGUCCUCUUCACAACAGGCUGUGACGGCCAUUCUCGAUCUCUGUGAUCCAGCGGGAGUGAAGGAAGUUGCGGUAUCGAGGAGUAGCCCUAUCAUUGUUAGAGAUAGCUCGCCGGUGCCCGCUACUGCUAGUUCCGAAAGUGUAACACUAGUCGCGGCUAGUUCGAAGGCUUGUCAAAGUGCUACCAGUAAUAUUACUGUCGCUGUAUCACAAGAAUACGAAACCGCUAAUAUUUAUCGAGAAGCGGUCAAUAUACACCAGUCAGCUACACCUGGCGCGGAAAAAUACCAGCUCAAAUGGCACUCCCACCAGCAGAAUCUCAAUUCUUCGAUCUCCUGUUUGUAUAAGAAUGAACGUUAUGCGGAUGUGAUGCUGAUAACAUGUAACAACGAAGAGAACUUUUCUAUACCAGCUCAUAAGUUAGUAUUGGGGACAUCCAGCACGUAUUUCGCCAAUAUUUUCGAGAAAAACAUUGCCCCACCAAAUGCAAUGACUUAUAUCGUACUUCCACCCGAACUCACCAAACGAGCAAUCCAGACGCUGAUUCAGUAUAUGUAUACGGGUGAGUCUACCGUUUCGGUUGAUAUAUUGAACGAAGUGUUGCGUGGGGGAGAAGUUCUCAAAAUACGGGGUCUCUGGCGAAACCAGAGCUCACCAGAUACCGUGGCAAGUUCUGACCAUAGUGCACAGAAAGAAACUCAUAGUCGACAUCGAACCGAGCGGGUGUCGGUGGAUCGAAUACCUUUACAGGAGCCACGGAUAGCGCAACAUCCGACCACUCCCCAUGACAGCCCAGUAAUAGUAACAAAUCUAAACAAGAACUAUGUAGUUGGUGGUCAUAUUACUGCCCAAAUGCCAGCAAGUUCUUCCACUCCGAUUAUCAACGUGAAAAAAGACGUCGCUAUUGAUCCUGGUGAACGAUCCAGAUCGGAUCAUCUCUACGAAGCGUUUCCCACCUCCAGUGCUAGUCGAUCCCAAUCGGCGGUACUUCAGGAGAGUGUUAAUCAAAUUUCUCAACCAUACAGCACACCAAAGACAUCUCCUCCGGUUAGUGUAUUUUCAAAUGCGGAAAGCAUCUCAACAUCCACCACUACCGGAGCACAAGAAAUGCCGGUGGAAUUAAACUUUCUAAAUGUCAAGGAAGAACCGGUUGAAUGGACUGAUGUGAAUCCGGAAGAGAUGAGUGACGCCGAUAGAGAAAGGGUAUCGAUGGUGAAGGUUGAAUUGCAUGAUCAUUCCUCUAAUGCGAAUGCCGGUAUUGAAAACACCGAGGAACAAGUUUAUUCUCCGUUGACUUGUGAGUUGUGCAGUGAAACUUUCACCGUGCCAGCAGAAUGGGUGCGUCAUAUUGAGAGCCACACGGACCCUCCAUACACUUUAUCCAAACGUCGGCGACGGAAUGAUGAUGGUGAAGCUGAUAUAACGGCCGCUCUGAAAUGUGAUUUGUGCGCGAUGUUUUUUGUGACUCCGGCCGAGUGGGUUCGCCAUGUGCAGAGUACUCACACCGAAACGGAGCUGGCCAUGUCCAACAGUAAAGCCUUCCCUAGACGAAGCUCAAAAUCCUCCACUUCCGAUUUACAACAAUACCCGGUUGCAAGCAGCACAGCACAACAGCAGGAGAAAAUAUGCACCGUGUGUAACAAGAGUUUUCCUUCCUACGCCAGCAUGAUCAUACACAAGCGAACUCACACAGGUGAACGACCAUUCUACUGCGACAUCUGUAACAAAGGAUUCAACGUGAAAUCAAAUCUUUUGCGGCACAUGCGAACUUUACACGGCCGACAGGAAAGCCUGUCUCCCACCCAACAAGGUGAUGGGGACAGUCAAGGAGGAGCAGACUAGAGAGGAGCAUUCCAGCGAACAUGACUAGGUUGUGUGUUUCUCGGUUCAAAUAGCAUUAUCUCCGAUGGAAACCAAACGAAGGAAAUAUUUUUGUAUACCGAUAUGUCCAAUCAUACGUUUUGUAGCACUAGGAGACGUUGGUUGAAAUAAGUUGUAUUAUAAAGAAAUGUGCUCUUUAAUUAAAUAUAUUUUGGUGACUGCCGAAGAAAC